AAGGAAGGAAUAAUAGAAUGUUACCGUUAAAAGAAAAACAUCGAAUUCCUUCUUAAUCAUGAAGCAACUGCAAUAAACAAAACGUUAAAUCACAACUUGAACUGUUGGAUUAAGUUCGACAUAAUUCCAAAAUGAAGGCUUUAUCAUGCAUGCCCCAAUGCACGACUCGGGUUGUUUACCUCUCCGGCAACCAUUGAAACAAGAGCGUUUCCUCAGGAGAUGUUGUUUCUUUCUCUCUCUUUAUGUUCUAGUCAUAGUCUCCACCGUCGGGCUGGGUGGAUUGAUGGUCGUGUUCGUUUUGAAGCCUCAAAAGCCAGUGUUUUCGGUCCGAACCGUAACAUUAGAUGCAUACCAGUUGAAUGUUUAUUCCAAUUCAACCUUGUUUGUCUCAGCUGUUGCAUCUUUGGUCUUGAACGCUAGCAAUCCUAACAAAAUCAGCCUAAGGUACAGCCCUUCGAGGCUUCAACUCCACUCGGAAGGACUCCCGAUGGCUGUCAUUAGAGUUCCCGGGUUCUUUCAACCUGCUCAUAGUAGAAAUGUCAGUUUGACAACAAGGGUUUUAAUUCCUUGUGUGAAUGUCAGCCGGGUUCUGAGUGGGGAUUGGUUGCAAGACCAGCAGGGGCAGAACAUUGUUCCAAUGAAACUAUCAGGUGACAUUAAAGUGAACCUCCAUUUUUUACACAUCACUUUGCCAAAGGUCAAGGUUGUCCUGGAUUGUGACAUGAGCUUCGAGUAUAGGGACUUGGCAUUCCUAAAUGAAGUUUACAUAAACAAAACAGCUAAAGAUCUCCUUGCAUCUUUUUCUGAUGGUUCCAAAUCCUUCCUCAAGAAAUGUUCUUUGGCUAUCUACCUAUAGAGGAAAUCGGAAACUU